CUCACGGCCAGGGCCAGCUUCCCGCCCUGUGCCCUGUUAACGGCCGCCGCGCGAGGAGGGCCGGUGGCCGAGCCCGCGCCGCGGGAGGCGCGAGGGCGGUGGCGGCCGUUGGCGGCGGCCGCUCCGCCCCGCCCGUCAGCGCCGGCCGCGCCAUGUGCCGCCGCCAGGCGCCGAGCCGGGCUGCCAGCAGCCUGCCUGCCUGCCUGCCGCCGCCCUCGCACGGGAAAACAAAAUGAAGGAACUGGUGUCAAACAGUACAACCAAUAUAUCUCAAGCCAGGAAAGCUGUGGAGCAAUUAAAAAUGGAAGCAUAUAUGGAUAGGAUGAAGGUAUCCAAAGCUGCAGCAGAUCUAUUGGCAUAUUGUGAUGCUCAUGUUGGAGAAGAUCCCCUUAUUAUUCCAGUGCCUGCAUCUGAAAAUCCUUUUAGGGAGAAGAAACUGUUUUGUACUAUUCUUUGAGUCAGUUUCCAAUUAAAAAUGUCUUCUGCUAAAAUUUGGUAUCAGUGUUGCAUGCUUUUAGUUUUAGCAUUUUUUUCUGUAGAUAUCAAUACUUAGCCUAUAGCUGUGAUCUUUUUAGAAGGUAAUGCAUUUUCUGGAAAAACAAAACCAAACCAAACCUAGAAACUUCAAGAUAAUCAUUGUUCUUUCAGACCAAUGUACAAGUUUAAUUUCAGUUCUUUUGGUCUUAAUGAAAGUAUUGAAUAUGGUAUCAAAUUGUAGAUGCCUUUGCCAGUCAUAGAUUUUUCUGAGACCUAUAAGAGUCAUGCCAAUUCUUGAAGCUAUUUUUAACAUUCUUAUUUUCUUUGGAAGGUACAUUUAAUUCAUUUGCCUUUACAAAUUUAUAUCUAAAAAGAGUAGUGUGACCUUUCCUCAAGUAGCACUAUUUAGAAAGAAAUCCCAGUGAUUUACGAUGUUUGGAAUGAUAAGUCUUAUACAGUAAAUCGUGUUUAUAAAUAUGUUUUGUGAAGACUGUAAUAAACUUGACUACAAGUAAACCAACUAUGUAACUACAAGCAAAAUCAAGAUGUAUAGUUACACACCAGGACUGCAUGAAUAAAACUGUAGAAAAUGUG